UUCUCUUCAACAUCCAAAAAACAAAGUGAAAGAACAAAUUAAAUCACAUUUAAAAAAGACAUACGAAGCAUAACACUCUUACAACAUAAUGGCCUCUUCUUCUACUUCCUCCUUCACAUCAAAGACCAUACCGACCUCUACAUGCAGUAGUGUCAUUGCUUUUCUCCUCAUCUCCUUCAUUAUUGUCAACUUAUCAUCAACAAGUAUGGCAAUGACCACAACAAAAAUGAUGAAGAACAACGACGGUGACGGUCCUCACACUCAUACAGUGAUGUCAGAACCGGUGACGCCAUACCAUCUUCGUAAGACUGAGGGUGACGAAGAAAGUGGUCAACGUCGUCAUGUUGUGAUGUCAGAGCCGGUGAGGCAAGGACAUCCUCGUAAGGUUGAGGAUGAUGAGGAAGGUGGUCGUCGUCAUACAGUGAUGUCAGAGCCCGUGAGGCCGCCAGGUCAUCCUCGUAAGACUGAGGAUGAUGAAGAAGGUGAUGGUCAUCGUCUUACAGUGAUGUCAGAGCCCGUGAGGCCGCCAGGUCAUCCUCGUAAGACUGAGGAUGAUGAAGAAGGUGAUGGUCAUCGUGUUACAGUGAUGUCAGAGCCCGUGAGGCCGCCAGGUCAUCCUCAUAAAACGGAGGAUGAUGAAGAAGGUGAUGGUCAUCGUCUUACAGUGAUGUCAGAGCCCGUGAGGCCGCCAGGUCAUCCUCGUAAGACUGAGGAUGAUGAAGAAGGUGAUGGUCAUCGUCUUACAGUGAUGUCAGAGCCCGUGAGGCCGCCAGGUCAUCCUCGUAAGAUUGAGGAUGAUGAAGAAGGUGAUGAUCAUCGUCAUACAGUGAUGUCAGAGCCAGUGAGGCUAGGUCAUCCUCGUAAGACCGAGAACGAUGAAGGAGGUGAUCAUCGCCAUACGGUAGUGAUGUCAGAGCCGGUGAGGCCAGGUAAUCCACGUAAGACUGAGAAUGAUGAAGAAGGUGAUCGUCGUCAUACAGUAAUGUCAGAGCCCGUGAGGCCUGGUCAUCCUCGCAAGAUGACCGAAAUCAAUUUUAAUGACAAUGGUGGUGACAAUGGUGAUGAUGAAGAAGAAGAAAUGAUGUUCAGUAUCUUGCCCAAAGGUGUCAUUGUCCCUCCUUCUGGACCAUCUCAUAGGCACAAUUAGGGUGGAGAUUAACAUAAACCAAUAUUAUAAGGAAUUGGUGAUAUGGACGCCGCAGCAUACAUAAUCUCUAUUUGUGUGAGUACUAAUUAUGGCAUAACAUAAAUAUUGUAAUAAAAAUAAAUUAAAUAAUAUGAGAAAUGUCAUGAUUAAUCAUAUACUAGCUCCGUAUAAUUAAAUAGUAUGUGAAGUU